AAGAAUGAUUUGUUCACGCUGCAAUGAAAGAGAACGAGUGGUAACUGUACGCAGGCUCUGCUUUAUUGCACUGUUUAUCUGAUGUGCACCUUUUUCGUUUGUUUUAAGCUAACAGAGAAAAUGUUGUUUGUAAAAAUGCGGUGUGAUAUUUGCACUACCGUAAGUAUAGUGACUUUUUAAUUCUGCAUUUAUUUAAAUAAAAAUAUAGACCUGAUUAGUGACAGCUUUGUAUGUUUUAUCAGUCUCUCGUCAAAAUGAAAAUGGUUUCACCUCAUUUGCUGUGAAUGUAGGAUGCAUAUUGCUUGGAAGGGACAAAAAGACUUUACUUAAUUGCUUAAGUUAAACCUGAAGACACCUUCAUCAUGACCCUAUCAGAUUUCAUUGGAGCCCUGAAGGACAAUCCUUACUUUGGGGCAGGAUUUGGGCUAGUUGGUAUUGGCACAGCACUUGCAGUUGCCAGAAAAGGGGCACAGGUUGGCAUGAUCUUUUUUAGGAGACAUUACAUGAUCACACUGGAGGUCCCCAGCAGAGAUAAAAGUUAUCACUGGCUCUUAAGCUGGAUCACUAAACAUGCCAAACACACCCAGCAUCUGAGUGUUGAGACCUCAUAUAUGCAGCAUGAGAGUGGGCGAGUCCAUACACAGUUUGAUUUCCAUCCAAGUCCAGGCAACCACAUCAUUUGGUAUGGCAGGAAGUGGAUCAGAGUGGAGAGGACCAGGGAAAAGCAGAUGGUGGACCUGCACACUGGAACACCCUGGGAGUCUGUCACCUUCACUGCUCUGGGCAGAGACCGGCAGAUAUUCUUCAACAUACUUCAAGAAGCACGUGAACUUGCUUUAAAGCAGGAAGAGGGCCGGACUGUGAUGUACACUGCACUUGGAGCAGAGUGGAGGCCAUUUGGAUUUCCAAGGCGACGACGACCACUGUCUUCAGUAGUGCUGGAGAAUGGUUUGGCGGAGAGGAUUGUGGAUGAUGUAAAAGAAUUCAUAGGCAAUCCUAAGUGGUACACUGACAGAGGCAUUCCAUAUAGGAGGGGCUAUCUGCUAUAUGGACCCCCAGGCUGUGGAAAGAGCAGCUUUAUAACUGCGCUGGCAGGUGAGCUGGGUUACAGCAUCUGUCUGAUGAGUCUCAGUGACCGCAGCCUGUCUGACGAUCGCCUCAACCACCUGCUGAGUGUCGCUCCGCAGCAAAGCAUCAUCCUGCUAGAGGACGUGGAUGCAGCCUUCGUCAGCCGGGAGCUUCAGCCCACAGAGAAUCCACUGGCCUAUCAGGGAAUGGGAAGGCUCACUUUCAGUGGACUUUUGAACGCUCUGGAUGGAGUGGCAUCUUCAGAGGCCCGGAUAGUGUUUAUGACAACUAAUUUCAUUGACAGACUGGAUCCGGCUCUUGUCCGACCUGGCCGUGUUGAUCUGAAGCAGUAUGUGGGCCACUGCUCUUACUGGCAGCUUACUCAGAUGUUCCGGAGGUUUUACCCUCAGGAGUCUGCGGCCGAGGCGGAGAGGUUCGCCGAGCAGGCGCUGGCAGCACACACAGACCUCAGCGCCGCUCAGGUACAAGGACACUUUAUGCUCUACAAAACAGACCCGGCUGGCUCCAUCAAAAACAUUGCAGAGAUCAAGCAGUGAAUACCUACAGAGACAAUACAGACUUUUGAAUGAUGCAAACUGAGCAACAGGCGAGUGAUAAACAGUGUGGUUGAAUCAUUCUUUGACAUUUACACCGUCUGGAUAAGGACUCUUCACACAUUGGGAGCAAUAAAAUCCAACUUGUGGAAAA